AUGGACAACCGACGCGGAGGAAAGUUCAGUUUUGGUCACAUUAUUGGAGAUCCCUUCGCGCUCGCAACCAUCUCAAUUGCAAUUCUUGCUUGGCUGAUAGCAUUCAUCUCAUCCGUUAUUGCUGAUAUCCGAUCACCGUAUCCCAACUAUGCUUGGUGGGCGAUUGCGUACAUGUUGUGCGCCAUUAUUGGUGUCACCGUGGUAAUAGCAUCGGAUGCAGCAAAUACCUACAGCGUUGCAAUCGUUGGAUAUCUUGCCGCUGGACUCGUUUUCACUACCUCAGCAGUCAACACCCUUGUUUACAGCCCUGAAGGCCCGAAAGAGGCUGCUGCAGCAGGUUUUAUCCUUCUAUCUAUGAUCGCGAUUAUCUGGAUGUUCUACUUUGGCUCCGCUCCUGGGGCAUCUCACAGAGGGUACAUCGACUCUUUUGCCUUGCACAAGGACCAACGAACAUCGAUGAGAAACUCCCGACCAGUUUCUAACAAUGCAUACGGCAAUUUCAAUCAUCCAGAGACAAGCGGCCCAGGUCGGCAGCCUCCUCAAAUGUACACGUCUGCGCAAUUGAAUGGUUUCGAAACUUCCUCUCCGGUCACAGGUUUUCCUGGUGGUGCUGUGGGAGCCGAUGCGCGGAAUUCAUCGCAGCCUCGUCUCGGAGCCACCAAUGGGCUGGGGACGACUGCUGGAGCCGCACCACAGACUGAGCAACCAACAGCCGAAGUCAACCAACCGACAGAGUAUCCAUACCGAGCAAAGGCCAUCUACAGCUAUGAAGCCAAUCCCGAUGACGCCAAUGAAAUUAGCUUCACCAAACAGGAAGUCCUCGAGGUAUCAGAUGUGAGCGGAAGAUGGUGGCAGGCUAAGAAACAGACUGGAGAGACUGGUAUCGCCCCCAGCAACUACCUUAUCCUGUUAUAA